CUAUUUUAUUUCAUUUUCUACACCCUUUUUAGUCAAUUGUUUACUUUAGAUAACAAAAAAAGAGGAUCAAUGUAUUUUCAAGCUAUUGUCAACUCCUUUUGUGGACUUGGACCUUUUUGUUUUAAUUUUUCCGACCACGAGUCACAUACAGUGCUUGAUUUGAAGAAAAAAUUAGAGAUAGCAACUUCAGUGAAUGCUGACGAACAGAGGAUCAAGACGAUGGGAGGGCGACUGCUUAAUGAUCAUGACAUAUUAUUUCAAAACGGCUUAAAAGAACCAGCUAUAUUCAACUUGACAGUCAGAAUGGUAGGAGGACUACAAAAGAGAGUGAUUGAGUCUCAUUUACAAGAAACGCGUAUAAGAGACAAAAGACAAACACAGAUUGUCGAUUAAGCUAUGACACUGGUGCAUUUAAAGAGGGCAAAGGCAAACAAAAGCAAACAAGAAAACAACUCUGCCAACCACCAAAGCCAAUUGCAAAUGUAUACAUAUGUUUUAAUGAUUCUACAUACUGAGGAGCACGCAAAUCUUGAUU